AUGGUCAUACGAUUAUCUAACCAACGAGAUGCCACCUUCGACGUGAUGCUCAAGACCAUCAUGUUGGGUGACUCCAAUGUUGGCAAAACCUGUAUUCUGCUCCGGUUUGCAGAAGAUGGUUUUAACCCCGGUCAUAUCGCUACAAUAGGUGUCGAUUUCAAGAAUAAGAUUGUGAACGUUCAUAACUCCAAAGUGAAACUUCAAAUAUGGGAUAGCGCUGGACAAGAACGCUUUAGGACUUUGACAUAUUCAUACUACCGGAAUAGUCAGGGAUUUAUAUUGACGUAUGAUAUCACUAAUCGGCAAUCCUAUUUAAAUAUAAGCUCAUGGCUGAAUGGGAUCCGAGAACAUUGUCCCAAGCACGUCACGAUUGUGCUGGUUGGUAAUAAAAUGGAUUGUGAUGCGUCCCAGCGAGAAGUUUCAUAUGAGGAAGCUGAGGCGUUCGCGCUUUCGCAGGAAAUCCGGUUUUUUGAAACGAGCGCUUUGACCGGCUUCGGUGUCGAGGAUGUAUUCUUCUUCCUAGCUGGAAAAGCCGCCAGCACAGCCAACGUCACUGGAUCGGCGUACCAGAGUCCACUUUAUGCCGGUUCCUUAUCCACGGAUUCCUUUUCGGAGAAUCAUAGGCCAGCUUGUUGCUACAUGAUGUAG